GGGCUGGCGCCCUACUGGUCCCCCCGGAGGGCGGAUGUCUCCAGGCGGGACUUCCCUGGGCAGGACCUCCCCGGGAGGAGGAAAGUGAAGACCGGGCUGCCCCAAACAAGCCCAGGGCAGUGCCCAUGUUUUCGUACCAGUCAGGCAGUUUCCAGGCAGUUUUCUGCCGCUGCCUGUCAGAACUCCGGGAACAGGAGGAAGGCCCGUUUUGUUCAGUUCUAAAAAGAAACCAAACAAAUAGGGGGCGGGAGUGUACUUAGAGCCAAGAAGCAGGGAAGGCUCAGGCUCGUGGCUGGUGAAAACCUCUGCAGGUUCAGCGAGUAGGGAAUGACGGAGGAGCGUUUUACAAGCCCCAGGAGGAAACACAGUGUGAAAAUGGCCCGCGGAAGAUGCCCAAGAUCUCUGUUAAGUCUGAACACUGCAUAGACAUUGUCAGAUAAGUUUGCGAUUGGGGUGGAGGAAGGUGAAGUUGAGAAAAGGAUGUGGUUCAGCCCAGAAGUGGGGAGGGAUGUUUUAGCGUGAGGGCUUCUUAGCUGAUCGUCCGUGUUGGAGGGGUGCUGUCUAUUCUCAUAUGCAAAAUAUUUUAGCUUCUAGAGACUCAUCUCCUGUUUGUUUUGGAGAGCGAAGCUUAAACCUUUUUCAGCUUGUGAAAUCCAAACUCAGUUGCAAACUGUUUUGUGAUACCAGCAUGCACCAAGAAAGACUGAGAGCACCCCUAGGAGGAAGGAGGCGCUGACAGUUUUCAGCACCCCCAUAAGAAUAUUUAUGUUCUUGUCAGUCCCAGCCUUCAGUAUUGUGUAAACACAUUGCUGUGUUUCUCCCCAGAGUGAAGGCCUCCACUUCAGCAGGGCAGGAGUUAAGAGGAGGGGCCAGCUUUCAGGUGGGGAGGGCAGGAGUCUGGGUGGAAUGACCUUAUAAGGAUUGGAAUAUAGAAAAGAACCCAGGCCAACUUCCUGCUUUGGCCACUACCAGUCAGUCCUUUACCAACACCGGCUAGAACCAGGGAAGGAUGUCAGGUGAACAUCCCCCCUGAGAAGAUGCCAAUGAGACCAAGACAGGAGGCAGCUUGUUUUUCAGAAGAGAACUUUCUAGAAUUCUCCAGCUGGACUAACCAGACCUUCUGGUUUCCAUAGUCUGAGUUGGGAAGUGUCAGAGCCUAUGCCCACCACACAACUCAGAAAACUAGUAACUUAAGUAUCAACCAGGAAUAUUAGAAGCGACAGCAAGUCACAAGUACGAGGACCUCUGGAGUGGGCCGAAGUAAAAUGACUUCGUAGCGUGGGCUGGCAGCGUGGGCUGGCAGAAGCGGCACUUUGACGCUCCUCACACUGGGGAAGGGUCCCCCUCCCACCUCAUCAUGUCUCGUCGAAGCCAGCGCCUCACGCGGUACUCCCAGGGUGACGAUGAUGGCAGCAGCAGCGGUGGGAGCUCCGUGGCAGGGAGCCAGAGCACCCUGUAUAAAGACAGUCCUUUCAGGACCCUGAAGAGGAAAUCUGGCAACACCAAGCGCCUCUCCCCGGCCCCCCAGCUGGGUCCCUCCUCCGAUGCACAUACCUCCUACUACAGCGAGUCCAUGGUCCAGGAGUCCUACUUCAGCAGCCCGCGGGCUGCCUCCCUCGCCAGGAGCUCCAUCCUGGGUGACCAGCUGCACCGGGAUCCCUACUGGAGCGAGGACCUGCGGGUGAGGAGGAGGAGAGGCACCGGGGGCUCCGAGAGCAGCAAAAUCAACGGGCUGGCAGAGACCAGGCUCUCCGAGGACUUCCUCGGGUCUUCCUCGGGCUACUCCUCUGAGGACGACUACGUAGGAUACCCGGAGACAGACCAGCGGGGCUCAGAGUCACGGCUGAGGAGUGCUGUCUCUCGGGCAGCCUCCUUUCUCUGGACAGUGGUCACCUUCCCAGGCCGGCUCUUCAGACUCCUCUACUGGUGGGUCGGCACCUCCUGGUACCGCCUGACGACAGCCGCCUCCCUCCUCGACGUCUUCGUUUUAACCAGGCGCGUCGCGUCCCUGAAGACAUUCCUGUGGUUCCUCUUGCUGCUGCUGCUCCUUACUGGCCUGACCUACGGUGCCUGGUAUUUCUACCCCUACGGGCUGCACACGCUCCACCCCGCUGUAGUCUCCUGGUGGGCUGCGAGGGGCGGCGGCCGGCAGCAAGAGGUGUGGGCGUCCAGAGAUUCCUCCUCACACGCCCAGGCUGAGCAGCGCAUUCUGUCCCGGGUACACUCUUUGGAGCGGCGCCUGGAAGCUCUGGCCGCCGAAUUUUCCUCCAACUGGCAGAAGGAGGCCUUGCGCCUGGAACGCUUGGAGCUGCGGCAAGGGGCCACUGGUGAGGGAGGAGGAGGCAGCCUGAGCCAGGAGGACACGCUGGCGCUCCUGGAGGGGCUGGUGAGCCGUCGCGAGGCCGCCCUGAAGGAGGACUUCCGCAGGGACACUGCCGCCUGGAUCCAGGAAGAACUAGCCACCCUGAGAAUGGAACAGCAACAGGACUCGGAAGACCUCUUUAAGAAGAUUGUCCAGGCCUCUCAGGAGUCCGAGACUCGCCUCCAGCAGCUGAAGGCCGAGUGGCACAGGAUGACCCAGGAGUCCUUCCGCGAGAGCUCCAUGAAGGAGCUGGGGCGGCUGGAGGCCCAGCUGGCAGGCCUGCGGCAGGAGCUGGCCGCCCUGACCCUGAAGCAGAACUCGGUGGCAGACCAAGUGGGCCUGCUGCCGCAGCAGCUCCAGGCCGUGCGGGAUGACGUGGAGUCUCAGUUCCCUGCCUGGAUCAGCCAGUUCCUUGUCCGGGGCGGCGGAACCCGCACUGGGCUCCUCCAGCGAGAAGAGAUGCAGGCUCAGCUGCAGGAGCUGGAGAAGAAGAUCCUCGCCCACGUGGCCGAGAUGCAGGGCAAGUCGGCCAGGGAGGCGGUAGCCAGCCUGGGGCUGAGGCUGCAGAAGGAAGGAGUGAUCGGGGUGACGGAGGAGGAGGUGCGCCGCAUUGUAAACCAGGCCCUGAAGCGCUACAGCGAGGACCGCAUCGGGAUGGUGGACUAUGCGCUGGAAUCGGGAGGGGCCAGCGUGAUCAGCACCCGAUGCUCCGAGACCUACGAGACCAAGACGGCCCUCCUCAGCCUCUUCGGGAUCCCCCUGUGGUACCACUCCCAGUCGCCCCGCGUGAUCCUCCAGCCAGACGUGCACCCAGGCAACUGCUGGGCCUUCCAAGGGCCCCAGGGCUUUGCGGUCGUUCGCCUUUCUGCCCGCAUCCGCCCCACUGCUGUCACCUUAGAGCAUGUGCCCAAGUCCUUGUCGCCCAACAGCACCAUCUCCAGUGCCCCCAAGGACUUUGCUGUCUUUGGGUUUGACGAAAACCUGCAGCAAGAGGGGACACUCCUUGGCCAGUUCACCUAUGACCAGGAUGGGGAGCCCAUUCAGACAUUUUAUUUUCAGGACCCCAAAAUGGCCACAUACCAGGUGGUGGAGCUGCGCAUCCUGACUAACUGGGGCCACCCUGAGUACACCUGCAUCUACCGCUUCAGGGUGCACGGGGAGCCCAGCCACUAGACCUCCCGCGUGCUGCUGCCAGCCCGCUGGGAGGCCGGCCGUGCCCCGUGCCCCUCGCCCCUGGGCGUGGGGGGGCAGCGCCCCCGCCACUCCCCCACAUGCUUGACCAGCGCACUGAUGUCCAGGAUCCAGAAACACUGGCCCGGUGGAGAUAAGAACGAACACGCAGGGCUUUCCUGGCGGCGCGGCAGCUCGAGGGGCACAGCUGGCUCCAGCGUCUUUUGAUCCUUCAUUCUCCUUCUGCGCGGCAUUGGCGUCUACUUCCCCUCCCGGAGGGUGUAUAUAUGUAGCAUAUGGCGGGGGACUGAGAGGCGGGAGAGGCGGGAGCCUGUGGGGAAGCCCCUAUGGCAGGCCCCUGGUGGAAGGUCGGCACCCAGGCGGCCGUUGGGCGUGUGUGAGUGAGGCUCCUGCCAAAGCCUCAGCCGGAGCGCAGGCCUGGGGCGGCGGAGUGAGGCCCUGUGGGAGGACGUGGGACGGGCAGCGGCCAGGAAGCUCCUGCCAGAGGGCGGCGGCUGGGCUCUCCCAAAGCCAGUGCCACCAACCCAGGGGAGCCCGGGCCACUAGGUCUCUGAAGGGCUUCUGUGCACUGUACUUGGCCCGGGUGCAGGUGGCCUGUGGGGUUUCUCGUACCCUAGGUCCGGCUCCUGUGAGCCUCCGAGGGGCCCAGGGGCCAUCCCUGUAGGAGGACCCCCUCUGCUGGGGAACUACCUGCUUGUUCUCUUCUGAUGCUGGGACUGGGGCCUGCCUGUCCCCUGGGCAACUUCGCCACAUUCCCCCAAGAUGCAGGGAGGCCAGUCUAUCCUUUGACGCUAGGAGCACCUGGGGUCAGCUAAAAGGUGGGAGCAGGGGGCUUCCUGGGCUCCCCUGGUGGCCCAGGGAUGACUGGGUCCCAGCGAUAUUCAGGGUAUCACGGUGGGAGGCUGGCUGCCUGGUGGGCUCCGCCCCACCCCCAUCGCAAUCAGGCCCCUGGUGUGAGGGGCCCUCACCCUCAGCCACCCCCUUGGGGCUCUUUCAGCUCUUGCUCAGUUGUUUCCUUUCUGGCUUUUUUCUAGGGGGGCUGGGGCGGGGAGGGGGCUGGGGCAGGCAGGGGCCUGAGGCAGGGGGGUUUUGACCCAGCAGGCUCUGCUCUUAUAUGUAAAUAUUUUUCAAGGUCUGUUUUUUAACUGAAAAGCUAAGGGCUUGAUUCCUGGCCCCGUUCUGUGGGGCCCUGGGUGUAACCCCGCUGCCAAGAGGGGCUGCCGUGCACACAGGCACCCUCAGGAGGAGGGCUGAGCCCGACGGGCUCCUGCAGGGCAAAGCCGGGGCAUGGGCGCACCUCGGCCCCAGCCCCGGGCCCCCCCAGCACUGGCUCCCGCACGGCCUCUGCCCCCAACAGCCGUUUGGUUCUGUGCUCUUCUGUCACAAAUGCUGCACUAUUGGGUUCCUAAUUUUGUAUCUCCAGAUUCUAAUUUUUGGCUAUGCAAAAAAUAAAUUAUGCCCAGGACUAAUGGAGUACGUGGU